CCAACAUGCACCUUCCCUGUCUUUGGUAAAGAGGGGGAAAGCGUUGGCGUGGAAGACUAACAGCACGGAUUGAGUUAAAAUUGUUUCCUUUUCUUACUCAGCAAUAUACUGGCAGCUUUGUAAAAUCUGGACGGAAAAUUUUCCCUGCUCACUUGUAGAUCCGAUCACAGAGUAGCAGACAGCGCUCCGCUCACACCAGCGAGGGAGGCACCAUGAUGCACACCAGGAUUUUCAUUUUCACUAUUUUGCUGCUGUGUUCUGCGGCACAACACGGACGCAGGGAGACAGGAAGGCCCAAGGACGUGAUAGAGGAAAUCGAUGACAGACUCCAGCAGGACACCGACACUGAUCCGGUGGCUCAAAAAGCUGAAGACAUGCCCACAUGCCUGCUGUGCGUUUGCCUGAGCGGAUCCGUUUACUGUGAGGAGGUGACCCCCGACAUGACAAAAGUCCCCUCACUGCCAAAGGAAACGGCGUACCUCUACGCACGUUUCAACAAAAUCAGAAAAAUAGGAAACCGAGACUUCGAUGACAUGGGUAAAGUAAUCGUCAUGCUCAAACUGUCCUUCUCUUCAGUGACGGUCCUCUUCAAGCUCUUUGCAAACUUUUGCUAUCAUCUCCCAGCUACAUUAAGAAGAAUCGACCUGACCGGGAAUCUCAUCGCUGAAAUAGACGAUGGGGCUUUUUCAAAGCUCCCUAAUCUGGAGGAGCUGACUCUAGAAGACAACCGGCUGGCCAAACUUCCCAUCCUGCCCAACAAGCUGAUGUCCUUCAACGCCAACUCCAACAAGCUUCAAACACAAGGCGUAAAGGCAACUGCUUUUAAAAAACUCACAAGCCUGGCAUACCUUUACCUUGGCAACAAUAAGCUGACAGCCGUGCCUCAGCUCCCAGAGUCUCUCCACGUUGUGCACUUGCAUAACAACAAAAUCUCCACGAUAACAGACGAGACGUUCUGCAAGGGCAACGCCAGCUACUACAUCCGAGACAACCUGGCCGAGGUGAGACUGGACGGGAACCCCCUGCAGCUGUCGCAGCACCCAAACAGCUUCAUCUGCCUGCAGUCCCUCCCCAUUGGCUGGUACAACUGACCCCCGCCAGGAGAAGCUGUCCGCGACGGGAAAGAGAGCGCAAUAAAAGACAUGCUGACCGUGUAAAUAAAAGAAAGGCAGAACGUGAAAUCUUUAAACCUGCCUUCCAGUCAAAGAGCUUUAAUGUUUGUUUUUUUUUCCACAACUAAAUAGAAGGAAUAAUUAUACAACAGAUCUUUCACAAA